AUUGCUUUAAGGCACGUAACUUAAUAUUCAUGAGUCAACUUGGUUGAGUUGCUUGGCAACCAGUUAAAGACGCAAACGAUACGGUUGUGGCACGGCUGCAGAGGAGACGAAAUUUCGACUUUAAACCUCAAAAUAUUCAUAAAUGAUGCCCGGCACGUCGGUCUCUGAGGGCCUUAAGGUCCCUAUUCAUGACAAAAUUUCGGAGCUCCAAAGAAAAAUCCAGCUUCUUGAGGGAGACAGAAGUGCGUAUUUCGAAAGCUCACAGUCUGCCAUUAAAAAGAACAGGGAGAACAUACUGCAGCUGAGACAAGAAAACAAAAACCUGCACAAGAAACUGGCCGAGAGCGAUGAACAAGUUGUCAAGGAUGUUUUUCAAGGCCAUGGUGUGGAGAAAGCAUCAUUCAGGAACAUGCCUGUGAAGGCAGCUCGGACAGUGCUGGAGAAGCAGGUGCGUGAUAAAAUGAAGAAGUUGAACGCUAUGAAACACAUCACUCAGAAACAGAGGCAACGUUUAGAGGACCUGAAGCUGCAGUACCAGAGCAUGAAGCCACACAACAGAAGCCCUCUGCCUGACACCCAGAAACAAGAGGACGAGGAAAAGAAAUUGCGUAUUCUGGAGAACCGUUUGGAGAAAACGCAACUGAAAUGCCAUGAAGCGGAGCACCUAAUGCGAGGAUACCUGAAACUGAAGGAAACAUCUGCAGGUAUCAGAGGAGAUUCAUAUACACACAGUAAAUCCACUGAGCUCGCGGAGCAGAUGCUGCGGGAGUGUGAGCUUCAUCUACAGCAGGAGCAGCAGCGUCGUGACGCAGCUAAAGAUCAUCUGGACAGACUCGCACACAUACUAAACACUGUCAGAGCGGGAGUGCAGCAGCUCAGCGACAAACUACAGCACAUCCCACCGAUGAAGGGUCCGGAACCACAGCUGUCUCCAGACUCAGACGAGCAAAUACUGGAGCUGAUGACUGAGGCUGAGCAGAAACUCGUGCUGCUCAAGGAGGAACUGCAGGGCAAUGAUCUGGCAACCAUCAUGAAGGAGAUGGAAGAAGAAGAGUUCCAUGCCACUAUAGCGAGAAAAAUACCCCAGUACAACACUCGCAUUCAGCUGCAUGAGGCCCACAAACAGGAUCCUUUUGAUGAUGAGGAGGACAGCGGCGAUGAUGAAGGCGACAUCAUCACCCGCUUCAGCCUGAAGCAUCAGUCGCAGGCAAUCAUUGACGCAAAUACCAAGAGGAAGACUCGCAUUAAAAAAAGGAAGGGUAAACUCUGAUCUGAUCCAGCCACAUGAGGGUUCGUUAGCAUCUGAUCCACUUUAAAACACUGAAGCUUCAUCAUCAUUCUAGAAUUCUGCACAUUCAUGCUUAAGACAAAUAAAGGGAUUGAACAUGUAGUUUGAUUUCAAUAAACAUUGUUAUUUUGUGCACAUGAUUACU